AUGACAAAGGAGCAGGCUAUAAAUCAAUUGAUUUUAAAAAGCGGAUAUCGUGGAGCUGAUGAUGCAAUUGAGGACAUGGAAGUUCAACGCUACCAAUCUGCUAAAUUUAAACUAUCCUACGAAGAUUUUGCCAAAUUAUAA